GGUGGUGGUGGUGGUGGUGGUGGUGGCAGUGAUAACUGCGAUGAAGAGGAGAAUGCUCUUCCUGGUCCCUCCACUAGACUAGAGGAGGCUCCGACAGACACCCAGAACACACACAUCUUUGACACACUCACAGAGGACCCUGAUUUUAACGGAGUUGAGCUGAGUCAUCUGCCUUCGGUUGAGCUGUCUUUCUCCGCCUUCUACAUGGGAGGAGUCAAGGCUCUGGCCAAUGGGAAAGUGGAGAUUACAGAUGAGAAUAUCACUUUCCCACUGAAAGACUUCUCGGGAGCUGGCCUGACGGUUGACAUGGCGACAGCAAACCUUUGCAGGUACAGCCUGUUGGACGCCCAUGGACUCCAGAGCAGCGGAUUGGCUCAGCAGGGGGAGGCCCCACCCCCUUCUAUGCUCCUCCUAUGGGUGUCUAAGGAUCAGGCUCGUCAAUUGCACAGUGACCUGUCAGUCAUCCAGCCAGGGACACGCCCAGUGGAGGGCAGUGCGUGUGUGUGUGUGUGUCUGCAUGAGUCCGUGUCCGUGUUGAGAGUGGAGCAGGCGAUGCUGGCCUCCAUCUUGGACAUCGUGGGGUUAAGACUGGGGAACAGCCAGCUCCUCUCUCCCCUGGCCCCCUCCGAGAGCCUCCAGGCCAUACGCACAUCAGGGGACACAACACACACCUCAGGGGACACACACCUGCUCAAGCUGCUGGCCCCGCAGGACCUCCUCCAGGGCCACACCGACGCACAGCCAACCGCUUCCGCACACAAGGAGCCUGAACCAAUCUACACCGUGCUGCACAGUUGUCAUCAGGGCAGGUAUUCUGUGCGCAUCGCCAAACCAGGGCCUGAGUGGAUCCCUUACAAACACAACGGGCCCGUACGCAGGUUAAUCCAGUUCCCCCCUCCGCCCUGUAAAGGGGCCAUCGGCGUGACAACAGAAGACUUAGAAUGUUUGGACAGUGGGCAGUUCCUAAAUGAUGUCAUUAUCGACUUCUACCUCAAGUAUCUCCUGGUUGAGAGGACUCCUAAGGAGUUUGUGGAGAAGUGUCAUGUCUUCAGCAGUUUCUUCUACAAGCAGCUCACACGGAGGGACAACGCCAAUGAAGACAGCACCAGCACAACAGCUGAACACCGGCGGCACCAGCGCGUGAAGACCUGGACACGGAAUGUGGACAUCUUCAGCAAAGACUUCCUGUUUGUACCUGUCAAUCAAGAGAAUCACUGGUACCUUGUGGUGAUCUGUUUCCCUGGGCUGGAGGAGCCCCAGUGCGAGGCCUUCCAGGGCCCAGCGGUGGUGAGGGCGUCUGGGGAGGAGGGCUCCAGCGAGGCCCCCCCCGAGCCCCAGGCCCAGGAGGCCAGCCCAGACGCUCCUGCGCCAAGUGAAGCCGACAGAGAGACAAGUACAGUCCACGUGGAGCCUAUAGAGGAGUCCAGCUCUUCUCCUCCGGACUGCACUGAGAAAACUUGCAAAAGGCCAAAAGUAUGUAAAAGGCCUUGUAUCCUGAUCAUGGACUCUCUGAAACUGUCAAUCCACAAGCGUGUCGUCAAACUUUUACGAGAGUACCUGCAGGUGGAGUGGGAGGUUCGGAGAGGUGUGUGUCGUGACUUCAGUCCUGAGGUGAUGGUGGGAUCCAGCUGUAAAGUCCCCCUGCAGGACAACAGCAGCGACUGCGGCCUUUACCUGCUUCACUACGCAGAAACAUUUUUACAGGACCCUGUCGUGCACUUUGACCUACCUCUGCGAUUGGAGCGCUGGUUUCCACGGCAGCAGGUGCGGCGGAAACGGGACGAGAUCCGGAACCUGAUCCUGCGCCUGUGUCGCUUCCAGUCGGGCAUGAUGGGAAAUGUAGUUCCACGAGGAACUACGGCGGCACAUUAGCAGCUAGCAGGAAUGCCAUAUCCCCCUCCACUUCCCCUCUGGACCUCGGUGGGAUCUCGCCGCUACCUGUGCCAGUGUUUCUGAUGCGCAGCUAGCAGCUAACGGCUAACGACUGCCAGUGUUUCUGAUGCGUGCGCCCGGCUGGCAGCUAGCAGCUAGCGGCUAGCGGCUAACGGCUGAUUCAGAGAGGGCCCGCCCCCCCGGACAGUGUUGGCUGCUAUCUGGAUUUUAGACUUUUUUUUAUUCCCAAAAGAGAUUUUAUGAAGCAGUUUUACUCUGUACAUGAUGGCCUGAAGAAGCUUUGAAAUGACUUUUAAGAUGUAAUAAAUGUAAAUGGUUUUUAGAUGAAAA